UCAGUGUUUGACAGAUGUUCGUUCGGGGUCGACCUCUCCAUUCAAUGCUGACUACGGGAGAAGGACGGCGAGCUGUGUUCGGACUACUUUUUUUUUUUCCACCGGGGAGGAGAGGUACACUGACCGAUUGAAACAUGUCCGGAGAAAAGGCUACGAGUCCCUGCAACAAAUUCCAAGCCAACAUUUUUAAUAAAAGUAAAUGUCAAAACUGCUUCAAGUCCCGGGAGCUUCAUCUGCUGAACGACCACGACAUGGAGCAGGCAAAACCCAUCUAUGGCGGCUGGCUAUGUUUGGCACCUGAGGGCACGGAUUUUGACAACUCGAUGCAGAGGUCGAGGAAAUGGCAGCGGCGCUUCUUCAUCCUGUACGAACACGGCAGUCUGACCUUUGCUCUGGAUGAACUGCCGAGCACUUUGCCUCAGGGCACAGUGAACAUGAAUCUAUGCACAGACAUCACUGAUGCCGAGCCCAGGACGGGCCAAAAGAACGCCCUCUGCAUCAUCACCCCGGAGCAGGAAAUAUUCAUCCGUGGCGACAAUAAAGAAAUCAUUAAUGGGUGGAGUGACCAGCUCACAGUCUUUCUACGGAUUAACAAGCAGAAUCAGAAUAAAAAACGCAAAGUUGAACCUGUAGCAAAUCAGGAACCAAGUCCAGCAAAGAUGGCAGCAACAGAUCCCAGUUUUCCAUCCUCGGCAGGGGAGAGUACAGAGUCUGGACCAGAUGUGGCCUCUGUCUGGAGCGUCACCGACACACGUCCCCCGGGCCCUGAGCGGACCCCUGCAGGCAACACGUCCUCCUACCUGUGCCCGGUCUCCAGGGACUCGCUGACCUUGGAUGGCACUGGUUUUGGGAGCCCAGUUGGCUCCUUGGACUUGCCCGUCGGUGAAGGCACCAACACUGGCACUAACAACCAACCGGCUGAGUCACACAACAUCCAAACAUCAGCAAACAACCAGAGACAGAACAGAAGACAUGACAGGUCAGCAGAGAGGACGCUGGGAGUAGAGGCCACCAGGAAAGAGGGAGGGGACACAGCCAUCUCCAGAGAAGGCAGGAGAGAGGCUCGCACCAACAAACGAGAGAAACUGCAGUCAUGUGGAGACAUAGCCCGACUCACUGCAGCUCCUCCCCAGAGAAGAUCCAAGUCACUGGACCGCAGGACGUCAGACACAGUCAUGACGCCAGAUUUAUUGAACUUCAAAAAAGGCUGGAUGGUCAAACUGGAUGUAAACGAUCAGUGGAAGAAAUAUUGGUUUGUGCUGUCAGCCGACAGCCUGAGAUACUACAAGGACUCAAUAGCUGAGGAGGCUUCAGCUCUUGAAGGAGAAAUCGACUUAACCAAGUGUUUCAAUGUGUCUGAGUAUCAGGUUCAAAGAAACUAUGGCUUUCAGAUCCAUACCCAGGAAGGCAUCUUCACGCUGUCCGCCAUGACUGCAGGGAUACGCAAAAACUGGAUCCAGGCACUAAUGAAGAAUGUUCAUCCAGCCAAUGCCCCUGAUGUGGCUAGUUUACUUGGCCACCACGUUCCCUGCAGUCCUCAUGAAGUCCUUCCCAAACCGGACGUGACUCAGGACUCUCCAUCCAUCGAUGUCUCCACAGACAGAGACUCUAACUCCAAACCCAGGAGUGUGAUGGAAAGACGGCGAGAAGGCCGCUACAAAACCUUUGACUGGGCUGAGUUUAGAUCUCAGAGUAAGUCUGCAGUGAGUACUGAGCCUCCGAGGACAAAAUCUCCCUGCUUCCUGGAACUGGGGGACCUAGAGAGAAGGAAGAGGCGGGAGGAGAGGAGGAGGAGGUAUGAAAGUAUGCUGGGCUUCUCUCUUGGUUUGAAAGACAUGGGAGAUGGGACGGCGGACGGUGGUGUCCGAGCCCUGAGUCCAGAAUCACAGCAAAGGAUGGAGGAGCAGAUAGAAGAGUGCUGGAGGAAAGUGGAGACGACUGUGUUCAGCGUGGAGAGGAAAUCCCCGUUGUUAACUGAAGCCAAAGAUGCUGUGGAGAUUGAGAAGCAGCUGCACAGCUAUAGGCAGGCAGUUGAAGAUCUGAAGGUCCAGCUGGCAGAGUCGGAGCGUUGCAGACUCGAUCUAGAGGCCCAGAUCAGUACAACCGGAUUUCAUCAGCAACAGCUGGGCCUCUCUGGUCCACUUUGUUCUGAAGCAGAUUUCUACCCACUAGACACGAAUGAAAGGCAGCACGGUAUUAUCACACGGGACAUGCAGGAGCAGCUUAGCACUGAGCUGCCUUUAUCAGCACCACAGCUGCCCAGAAUCUGGCUGCAUGACACAGAGGGACAUUUACAAGAACUGGAGGAUUUACUCCCUGAGACGGGGUCCACACCUUUACUAUCGCCUGCAUCAGACAGCCUGGACGGACUCUGUCAGACUGAUGGACAAAUUUUAAACUUAAUCGGCACAACAACCAGCCAUCACGCUCUGCGGGACAGAGAAGACCAUCAGCCUUUUCCCACGUCUGAAACACAAAUAAAUAACAAUGACUUUAGUUCACUGAUUCUGGACAAGCCUGGAGGAGGAGACGAUGCCUUGUUCAACUACAGAGCUCCAGACCAGACGAUGGUAAGGAAGCUUUCCAAAGAGGUGGAGUUGCUUACCACCCAGAACGAGGCUCUAAAUCAGCGCAACCAGGAGAUGCUUAACCAACUGACGGAGGCAGACCGUGAGAUAGAACGUCUGAAAGCAGAGCUCAGUGGCAGGUACACCGAGCCCCAUCAUCUCCCUGAGGUGGAGCAACAGGACAAGACGAGGUUAAAAGAAUUGGAGAGGGAGCUAAGCUUGAGGAACCAGGAGCUGCUGGACGCCCAGAUGCUGGUCACCUCUUUGGAAGAAAAGGUGAGGGAGGCUGAGGCCCUGCUGCAGCAGAAUUCUACGGCAGAAACUGAAGAAACAAAACAAGAGGAUAUUGAAAAAAAGAAAAGCGCAGAGAAAGCAGAGGGAUACCUUCUUCGGUGCUUCGAAGCUACGGAGGCCAAGCUGACGGAGCUGGAGAGGCAGCUCGACCAAUCAGAGCGAACCCACAGAGAGCUCCAGCAGCAGAACAAAGAGCUGAAGGAAGCAGAGAAACUUUACUGUCAAAGAGCGGCGGAGGCAGAGACUGACAUCAGGAGGCUGAGUGAAGAGUUAGAGAAGGAGAGGCUGAAAGAAGGAGACAGAAACACAACUGUUUCUGGUGAAGAAAAGAUCCAGCAAGUGGUAGAAGGUAUGGUCACGAGACUGAGAGCUUUAGAGAAACUGUUAGAGGUGAUCGACAGGUUAGACUUCAUUAAUGAAAGUGAGCGGAGUCCUUCAGUGACGAGUCAGCUGAAAUGGGAGGAAGAGUUUUGGAGUUCAGUGCACAACAAACUGAAGGACGAUCGGUCAAAUCUGAAUGAGCCAUUGGAAGAGCUUCUACAUGAGGCAACAGAAUGUAUGAUAUUAGAGAAACAAAUGCUUCUUGGAGGUCAUGAUCUAGUUCUUGAGACGGAGGGAACAUGUGAGAGCCAGACGUUAAAGGAUUUGGAUAAUAUCUGGUAUAGUACAAGUGUUACAGCAUCGGAAAAUACAGAGGAUCGCAGCGUGUUAGAUUGCACUAACCAGCUGGAGCAUUGUAAAGCCAUGACACAGAUAAAAAUUUCUUUGCUGAACCAGGCUGCUUCCUCCUCACUCAGCACAUCUGUCCACGACAAACUCCAGCAGACUGCAGACAAACUGUACAACUUCCACUUUUCAGAGCAUCCCUGGUUUGUUUCAUGUAUUCACUCUGCAGCCACUGAAGCACUGUACUGCUGUUAUUUACGCAGGCUUCAGUCAAAACACGAGAGUGCAUUCUGCUGCAACUGUGUUGACCUCACGAAGGAAAACACUGAGCUGAAAACCAGACUAUCAAACUUAGAAGAACAACAAGCGUCCCCACUGGGCGCUAAGAUGGACAUGUACUGCCAGACAGAUGAGGUUUACCCACACGAUACUGAGCUAGAGAGUGAAGAUGAAAGUAGUGAAGAAGAAAGAGGGGAGCAAAGUGAAUUAGAAGAGGAGAUGGGUGAGAACGAGCCUUCGCUCAACGAGAUGGAGAUCCCACUUUUGGGAACCCAGAAGACUGGAGAUGAAAAGGAAAGUGAUGAAGUGGAUCUGAACACGGAGAUGGUCAUGGAGAUGUCAGCACUGAGGGAAAGAGUGAAGGAGCUGGAGGAGCAGCUGUCCGUCCUAGCAGAGGAGAUGAAAGAAGAGUUUGAUGGAAAAAUGAGUUGUGUGCAGAAGCUGCAUGAGAAGGAAAUGGAAAAACUGAAGGCCACAUGUGAGCGAGGGUUCGCCUCCAUGGAGGAGUCUCACCUGAAAGUGGUGGAGGAACUACAGCGACGACAGCAACAGGAAGUGGAGCGCCUCCUAGUGGAGAGAGACAGGCUGCUGGAGGAGGAGAGCGCUGCUACUGCGACUGCAAUCAAAGCCAUCCAGAAUGCUCACCAUCUGGAGCUGCAGAGGGAGAUCCAGAGGAGACAGGGAAACGCACACCAGGAAGACAUUCACAGGCAACACAGUGAGGAGCUGGCCUCCUUCCAGCGGGAGCUCGAGGCUUUGUCCCAGCAGUUCUCUCUGAAGUGUCUGGAGAAUGGACAUCUUGUUCAGGCUCUGGACGCUGAGAGGAAGGCCUUGUGUCAGUGCCAGCAGGAAAACCAGGACCUGAGGACCCGAAACCAGGAGCUGAGUAGUCACCUGGCUGCUGAGAUCACCCGACUGUGCUCACUGGCCAAACAAGACGCUCUGCCGCUCAGUCAGGGGAUGGACAUGUACGAACUGGAGAUUACUCUGCGGGUGAAGGAGUCUGAGGUCCAGAGUCUGAAGCAGGAGCUCACGUCUCUGAAGGAUGAACUGCAGUCGGCACAAAGGGACAAGAGGAACGCAACAAAGAAAUACAAGGACGUGUACACAGAGCUGAGCAUCGUGAGGGCGAAAGCAGAGCGAGAUGCGGACGAGUUGAGCGAGAACCUGCGGCUGGCUCAUCAGGCUCUGAGAGAAACUUCACCGUGAGGCUUCAGCUGUAACAUCCAUCAGUAUUAAUCAGGACACCGUGUUUGAACUGAUGGGGGGAGAAAGUUAUUUAUAUUGUUCUGGUAUUACUAACUUGUCCAUCACUGAGUUUGUGUUUGUAGUCACCAAAUAUUUCCAUAAAAUCUACUUUGUGUGGCGUAAUAUAUUUUACAGAUGGUUUGUUAUUGUUAACCUGCCACCGUGUGUAUUGUUGUUUUCUAAAUAAGUGUGUAUUGGUUUUAAAUGUUUUAAAUUAAAUAAUUACCUGUCAGAAAAUGCAACACUGUAAUAUAUCUUUAUGUGUACAUUAACACUGCAGUGUUAUUAAUAGAAAUUGAUAAUUUCUACCAAAUGACUCGUUAUACCACCUGUGUUGUUGGCUUUCAUCGUGCUACAGAGCGAUAUGUUUAUUUAUUUAUGUUUUAGUCACAAGGGAUAAAAAUACACAGGGCUUUUUUUUUUUUUUUUUUUUUUUAAACAGGUGUUAUUGUUAUAUUUUGUCCAGAGGCAGCAACAACGUUUAGACUGAUGAGCAACGUUCAACCUUGAUAAAGGUACCUGAAACAUAAAGGUAACUCCCGAGUGACCAUUUAGAAAUAAAAGCUCUUAAAUGUCAUGAUGACAAUAAUGAAUUUUGUUUUAAAUUUGCAUCGUUUUAGAUGUAUUAUUAUACAGAUGUUUUAUGUAAAGAGUAAGAAUAAAAUGAGCAGUAAAUAUGAAUGGACUGUGUAAGGCUGCAUGUGUACAAAGUUCUCAUUAAAUGUCAUAUUUCAGAAUAAA